GGCAUCAACGAUGAGAUUCACCAGAGUGUUGAAACAAGCUGAAGAGGUGUUAAUCAAGGCCGCUUCCGGUAACCCCACCGGUAUCACUGGUCUUUACCAGCACCCUAAUCCCAGACCGGCAUUGAUUUCCCUUUAUAACCAUACUUUGUCGUUGCUCGACACUAAAUUCCCAAAACACUCUAUUUACAGACAAUCGGUUGAAGCUUUGACCAGAAACAGGUUGAAGGUUGUGGAAGAAAACGAGGUUUCCGAAGUGAUUGAAAACAAAAUCGGUGGUGGUUUGAUCGAAGAAAUCAUCAUCCAAGCCCAUGAAGAGUUGGGUUUGGCUCAUGAACUAGCUGAAUUAAAGUGCUGGGAAGAGUUGGAAGAAAAGCCUUUGGACGACCAGUGGGUGUACUUUGGCAAGAAGAUUUAGGGGUGCAUGGCAAUAGCAAGUAGAAUAAAUAACAAUAAACAAAUAGUACAUAA